AUGUACAUGGGAAUGAAUGACAACGCCCAGGAGUUUCUAUCGGCAAAUCAGACGUAUAACGGUCAGAACGAGAAUAACGAAGACUAUGAGAUCCCUCCCAUAACGCCUCCUAAUCUCCCCGACCCUUCACUCCUGCACUUGGUGGACCACGAAACUGGAUAUCACUCCCUGUGCCACAGCCUCCCUCCGAACAGCCUGAUACCAGCGUACCCCUACCAGAACAUGGACCUGCCAGCCAUCAUGGUCUCCAACAUGUUGAGUCAGGAUGGGCAUCUUCUCUCCAGCCAGCUACCCACGAUCCAGGAGAUGGUCCACUCGGACGCCACGUCCUAUGAGUCCAACCGUCAAGUGCCCCUGAUCAAUCGCCCUGGGAUGUUAGCCGGCCCCAUGAGCGCUCUCAGCCAGUCACAGCUGAUUUCUCAGAUGGGGAUACGGAGCGGUGUUACCCAUGGUUCCCCAUCACCCCCGGGAAGUAAGUCUGCUACACCAUCUCCCUCCAGUUCUACUCAGGAAGAGGAGACAGAGUCACAUUAUAAGGUUACUGGAGAGAAAAGACCAUCAACAGACCUGGGCAAAAAGCCCAAAAGCCAAAAGAAGAAGAAAAAGAAGGAUCCCAAUGAGCCCCAGAAGCCUGUGUCAGCCUACGCCCUGUUUUUCAGAGACACACAAGCAGCCAUCAAAGGGCAAAACCCCAACGCUACCUUCGGAGACGUAUCUAAAAUUGUUGCGUCAAUGUGGGACAGUUUGGGAGAAGAACAAAAACAAGCAUACAAGAGGAAAACAGAAGCCGCGAAGAAGGAGUACCUGAAAGCCCUGGCAGCGUACCGAGCCAGCCUCGUCUCCAAGAGCUCUGCUGACCAGGGGGAGACGAAAAGUGCCCAGAGCAAUCCACCUUCCAAAAUGAUCCCCCCCAAGCAGCCCAUGUACCCGAUGCCACCACAGGCUUCCUCACCUUACCCCGGCCUGGGCUCAUUCCUGUCCCCGUCGGACCUGCAGAACUACCGUGGCCACCCCCACCCCAGCCUCUCCAGGACCCUCACCUCCAAACCCAUGCUGCCCAGCAUCAGUCCCCCCCCCCCCCCCUCCUUCCAGAUCAGCCCCCCCCUCGACCAGCAGCUCUCCUUGCACCACCCGCAGAGCUCCCUCCUCAGCCAGCCCCUCAGCAUGCAGCAGGUCCCCCAGCAGCCCCUCCUGUCCCCCCCCAUGGCACUACAGGUACAGCCCCCCAUGAACGCCUCGCCUCCCGGGCAGCAGGACUUCUCACAUAUUUCGUCUGAGUUUCAAAACAGUGUUGGACCCCGUUCGCCUGGUGCAUCAAACCCUCCAGGAAGCACUGAGUGGGACAACGACUACCCCAGCAGAGAGUGUGGGAUUAACCACUGCAGCAUGCUGCCAAGGGACAAGGCACUCUACCUCACCUAAAACUCAACAUCUCUUUUCGAGGAGGCUCAGACGAAGGACACUUGAGAGGGUCUAUCUUACAGACUACCCGGAGAAGCACCGAGCAAGUCGUAUGGACGAGAGAGCUACCACUGCACCUCGUCGCUGGCUUCAUUUCCAGGCUCUAAGAGCAGUUUUCUUCUAUUAUUUUUGAACUCUAAAGUCUACUUUCCAUGGAAGCCCAAAACCUCAUAAAUCAUGAAGAACAAAAAAAAAAUAAAUAAAAAAAUGAAAUAAAUAAACACAAAAACAACAAAAAAAUAAACUAAGGACACCAUUUUUCUGCUUGCCAUCAGCUUAGCUACAGACUAUUUUCCUAGUGAACUGCUUUUAGACGCAGCAUAGGCCCAGGUCUGGUGUCCUACAGCAUUAGGCCAGCUCAGUAGGAGGAAGCACUCUUUUGACUUGCUAACAGCACUAAACUUUGUGCAAGAAAAUGUGAAGUUUGUGUGAAUAUUGUACAUGCAAAGGCCUUGGAUGUCUGGCAAAAA